AUGAAGCUCUGCAAUCUUCCAAGUGAGAUAGAAGAGGAGAUACUCUCUAGGGUUCCGAUCAAAUCGCUGAGACAGUUACGAGCCACUAGCAAAGGAUGGUACCAUCACCCUCUGUUCAAAGAUCCGAGAUUCAUCAAAAGGUACUCUGCUAAAGCACCACCAAGGAAGUAUCAUAAAGCAAUCGUGUUGAAUGAGUUUAGGAUUCAAUCUAUGAGCUCAUACAUCGAUCAUCGCCGCAUAAGCCCUUCUCGGUUUCUUCUCAUCGAUCCCGUCAGUAAUGAAAAGAUGGAUCCAGCCGAGGGAGAAGGCAUGAGCAGCUACAGAAGCUACGCUCUUGGUUACGAUAACAAGGAGUUGUGCCGUAGCUACAAGAUCUUGAGGUCUAUUGAGGAUCAAACGAUGGAGAUUUACGAGUUUAAGUCUGACUCAUGGAGGAAUCUUGAUGGCGUCUCUCCCGGUGGAAGCUUUGAGUCUCUCGGCGUGUCUUUGAAAGGGAAUGCUUAUGGAUCUCGAGAAGAGGAGGAGCCAAAGAACUGUUUGGGUCCUUAUGUUCUCAAAGAAGGUUUGAACAAUCUGGCUCUCUCGGUUGUCAAGGAAGACCGUCUCUGUUUGUUCUAUGAGAGUGCAACGAAAUCAAAGACGGAGAUUUGGAUGAGUAGUGAGAUUGGUGAGACCGAGUCUGUGUAUUGGUCCAGGUACUUAGCAGUGGAAUCGACACCAUUCUAUACGAGGCACGUCAGUUUCUACAUUGACGAGGAGGAGAAACUUGCCACUUGCUUUUACAAUCACGAACGACACAUGGAAUGUCUUGCCAAGGUGAAAGUUUUUGGAGAUGUUGCAACGAGGAAAGGAUUUCCUGGAAUGGCUGGAUACAAAUCUUUCGGUUGGCAUGAUCGCACAGCAUGUGGACCAAUUGUGUUUGGUUAUCUUCCAAGGUUUGAUUAA